AUGGCUAGUGAAAGUGAGCGUGUCGUGGUCGUAGGAGUAGAUGAUUCAGCUCACAGCUACCAUGCACUCGAGACGGCUCUCGAUCUCUUCUUCACACCUUUCAAAUCAAACCCACAAUUCAAACUCGUCAUCAUUCACGCCCGUCCCACCGCGACUUCCGUCCUAGGCUUUGCCGGUCCCGGAACGGUCGAUAUAAUACCGAUGGUGGAACAAGAUUUGAACAAGACUGCGGAACUGGUUAAGAAGAAGUGUACCGACGUGUGCUCGGCUAAAUCUGUCGAGAUCUCGUCGACGGAGGUGAUCGAAGGAGAUCCGAGGAAUAUAAUGUUGGAAGCAGCGGAGAGACAUCAUGCAUCGGUGCUUGUUCUUGGAAGCCAUGGUUAUGGAGCCGUGAAGAGAGUGUUCUUGGGGAGUGUGAGUGACUAUUUAGCUCAUCACGCUCAUUGCUCCGUUAUGAUCGUGAAGAAGCCUAAGGCGCCUAAACAAACUUCUACCGAUAAACAGUGA